AUGCAUGCACCAAAGGCAUCUCACUAUGAAGCUGCUCUACACAUAGUGAAGUACAUUAAGAAACAACCAGGUCUUGGGCUACUAAUGUCAAGCAGAGGUGAAGAAAAGGUAAAGGCAUUCUAUGACUCUGAUUGGGCCUCUUGCCCUAUAUCCAGGAAGUCAAUUACAUGUUUUUGUGUGAAGCUGGGAACCUCACUAAUCUCAUGGAAGGCAAAGAAGCAAAGCACCAUAUCCAAGAGUUCAGUUGAAGUAGAGUAUAGAAGCAUGGCUCACAUUGUAGCUGAGCUAACAUGGCUGAAUGGGCUGAUGAAAGAACUAGGAGUUAGUGUCAAGCUGCAUAUGGAUUUAUAUUGUGACAACAAAGCUGCUCUAUAG